AUGGACGAGGAAUCGAUGAUGAAUGCUUCUUCGGAGGGGAAUGUCCUAGCUGGACCAUCUAGUCUUGGUGGACCAUCUAUUGAAAGACCAGAGGGGAUGAGUAAGAAUGCGAUGAAACGGGCAGCGAAGCAGGCAAAGAUGGAAGCUAUGAAACCUCUCAAACGCGCUGCCGAGAAAGCACGCCGUAAAGAACGAGCGGCUGAACUUUCCAAGGGAUACAAGGAGGGUACAUUGUCAGAGAAAGAUAAGGAGAUAUAUGAGAAGAGGAAAAAGUUGGAGAAAGACAGGAAGGCGGAGAAGAAGAAAUUUAGAGAUAAAGAUCAUGAAGGUGAUUAUGACAGUGGGGAAUGUUGGAAUGGUGGGGUGGUCAUUGAUUUGGGUUUUGAUGAGUUGAUGAAUGAGCAGGAGAUCAACUCGAUGUCAUCUCAGAUAGGAUUUUGUUACUCAUCCAAUCGAAUUGCCCCUAAACCCAUCAAAUCAAUAGUACAUACUGGGUUCUCACCUGAGACAUCACCUCGAUUAUGGACCAAGAUGAUAGAUAGGAAUUGGGAUAGGUGGAGUAGGUCGUAUUGGUGGAAAGAGGAUGUGGGGGUAAUGCAUUCGGUAUUGAGUUCGGAUGAGGAAUCAAAACGACAGGAUAAAGUUGGAAUGCAGAUAGACAAUUCUCCAGAUCAAGAAAACGAAAACGAAGACAAGAAUGAUCAAGAUAAACGUAUACAACUGCAGAAUCACUUGACAGGUCCAACCCUUCCACCUGGUCUGACUCAAACCAAACACACCUUGAUAUAUCUAAGUGCCGAUGCCGAAGAAGAGUUAGAAACUCUCGACGAAUCUCAUAUAUACAUUAUAGGAGGUAUAGUCGAUAGGAAUAGGUAUAGGAACCUAUGUCAGAACAAAGCUGAGAAGCUGGAGAUAAGAACAGCAAGACUACCAAUUGGUAAAUUCAUUGAUAAUCUACCUACUAGAAAGGUAUUGACUGUUAAUCAGGUCUUUGAUAUUCUCCUUCAAUAUAUCGCUCAGGGAGAUUGGCAAAAAGCUUUUGAAACUGUUAUACCUCAAAGGAAGUUUCACGAAUCUAGAAAAGCCAAAUUUGAACAUCAUAAGAAUGAUCGUGAGAAUGAAGUGAGAGAAGAGGACGAUGAGCGAGAAAGAAAUGAGGAUCGAAUUGCAAUGGUCGAACAUAUAACAGAAGGAAAGGACGAAGAAGAAGAUGCGAUGAAUCAAUGA